CCGUAGUGUCGCCUUGCAGUGUCUCGCUCGUGUCUGCUUGGCGCACCUCACAAAGGAGAUUGAGCGGUGCGGAGGCAGGGGCCACCAUCCCAUCGCCAUGGCUUUCCUUCUGGAGAGCCAGAUGCCGCUGGUAGCGCUCGAGAGCUCGAGGCGGAAGCUUGUGCUGAGCGUCAUCGAGGAGUACCACGGGCCCAUCGUUUCGACCGUAGCGGAGGUACUGAUGCGAGCCGAACGCACGACAUUGGCGGAGCUGACUCGACUGGUGCUGAGAGACCAGGGGAUCAUGGGGGUCUCCAGGGCAGGAAAGACUAGAACUAAAGUUACUGCCGCCAAUGUGAAGGAGUCGCUGCUGAUCAUGACGCAGCACAACAUGGUGGCCGCCGCCAUGCCGACUGAGAAGGAGAUGAGGAAGGCCAGAGCCAGCAGCUCUGGCCGUUCCAGCAAUAUCCGCUUGCACUACACGCUACUCCCGUUGGAGGUGCUCGUGAGGACGAGGGGACCACAGUUUCACUCACACGCAGCGAAGACAUUUUCGAAGGUCGCCGGUUUAGUGGUGGACUGUUUCUUGAGACACGGGAGGAGAACUCUGCCUGAUGUCAAGGAGGAGCUUCUGAGAAGAGAAGGCGAAGCGGCCAGGGCAAGAAAGGCUCUUGCCAACCCGGAGGACGAGGACGAGGAUGACGAGGACGAUAAUGUCCAGGAGGUGACGUCUGAGAGCAUCCAGAAGAGCUUUGAGGAGCUGGUAAUGAAGAAAUACAUCGACAAGGUGCCCAAGCUCGACCUCGUCACACCUACCGUCGAGCCGGAGAAGGCAAAAAAGCCGUCGAUGACGUUCGGAGCACCAGCCGACAAUGACAGCAAGGGCAAGUCGGCGUCGGCAGCCAAUGGGCAGAACGGAAGGAACAAGGAGCUGGCUGAGCGGCAGCAAAAGGGUGCUGCGCAGAGGUCGGCAAGGAAGCGCAGGAUGCUCGGGCAAGACUCCAACAGCAACGGAGUGGACGGAGGUAACGGAGAUGACGACGAUUCCGACGACGACGACGAGCUCCCGGUAGAGAUGCGGAGCCUGGUGAGCAGCAUGGAGGAAGGCUUCGACGGCGGGGGCGCCACCGACGGGCGACCGCCCCCGGCCAAGAGGAAGAAAACCGCCGCUAGCGGGAGGGGGGGGGGCACCGCAGGCAGGACUAGGGGGAGGGGGAGGAGCCGGGGGAGGGGGGGUAAACGCGGAGAGACUGUUUCUGGCAAGGGUAAGGGGAGGUUGGACAUGGAUGGCGUGUUCGAAGAGGAAGGGGAGGGGGGGCACGCGGAUGAGGAGGACGUGCUGGGCAGGAGGGGGUUAGGGGUAGGCGCCGGGGCGACGGUUCUGGACAGCGUGUUGUGGAAGCUUGGGUUUGACAAGGGAGGGGAAGUCUAG